GUUCCUUCCCCUUAUAUUCACUGUCUGGAGAGUUUGUCAGAGCACGCAAAGCUGUACAUCAUUACACUCUGAGCUACAACCUCACUGCUUCACCUCCUGUGAGUCACCGUCUAAAAAGUGAAAAUGGGGAAAAUUAAUGGAUGCCUCAAGUGCAUUUUUAUUUUCUUCAAUGUGCUGUACAUGAUCUUGGGAUGUGCGCUGAUUUACGGCGCAGUAAGGGCGACUGCCGUGUCUGUGCAGAUGUCAUCAUUUGGUAUGCCAGGCUUGGGCUGGGCAUGGGUUUUUGCCAUUGGUGUCCUCGGUGUCUCCUCCUUUGGAAUCUACGCUGCCUGCUCUGAGAAAGCCCUCGCCCUCAAAAUAUUUGCAGGAUUUAUGGGCGUUGGAAUGAUCAUCAUGAUGAUUUUUGGCAUCAUUGUAGCAGUCCAAAGAAACCAGUUAAAGACUAUCUUCUACAGUGCCUCCAGUGAACUAGUGGAGCCUUACAUGAAAGAACAAUCCUUGAGAGAUAUGCUUGAAGCCAUACAGCAAACUGGGCAAUGCUGUGGAAUAGUGAGCGCUAACGACUGGGGUGAGGAAAUUCCCAAUUCCUGUGAAUGCAGGCCUUCAGAUAUGGGAUUUGGAGGAUAUGGCUCAUGCAAAAGCAGACCUCAGGGAAUCAGAGGCCCAUCUAAAAUCUUUGCACAGUCCUGCGGUGACCUCAUCUUUUCGUAUGUAGACAUUUUCUUCAAGAUCCUUUUGGGCUUCUUCUUUGGAUUUGCUGUGACAGCACUACUGGGCCUGCUUAUUACCAUCUUCAUGAUCCAUCAGGUGAAACGUAAUGACACUGGAGGAGGCAUUGCCAUGAAGGGCUACUGAAGAGAACCACCAUGCAGCUAUGUCCUCUGAUCAUCAACCAUUGCAUUAGGUUACCACAAGAGAACUCUGUGGUCAGGACAUCACCUCUUUUUUUUACUUUGAUUUAUGAAAAAACUAAUGUUUGCCUUGAGAGAGAGGAAGCAGAUGGCAAUGUGGCAUGCUGCAGGAUUUUAUUCAGGACAGAAACUGCUGCCUUUCUGUCCAGCUUUCCAAUGUACAAAACAUAGCUUAGAAAGCAAAACUUUUUUUAAAAAAGCUUUAUGUCUCUUAUGUGUUAUGUGAUGUUACGCAGUAUUCUACUCAUCUUAUGUAGAGACCUUUUAAUGAAAAGAAGUUAAACCUUUAAAUCUGACUUUGUUAAACCGAGGAGGCUGAAGUUGUUGAGAAUAGUAAUUUUUUUUCUGGUUGCAUUAAAAAAAGUGAAAACUCCAACUAAACUUCGCUAGAUAAAAACAAACAAACAAACAAACAAACAUCCAACUGCGUAGUUGAAAUUGUCUGGAUUGUUUGACUGUUUUGUCUUUAAGUAUGACAUUCACUGAAUAGGUUAAAGAAUUGUUUAGCUUGAAUUGAUUUUUUGGGAUUACAUUUAAACAUGCACUGAUUUGUCCCCUGGUUAAGAAAAAAUAAGUAAAUAAAUGAAAGACUGAUUCCUUCUGUUUCUGAGAUAAGGUCAGUAAUCUAAAUUAUUAUUACGUUCAAAUUGAAGUCAAAACCUCCUCGGGUUAAAAUGACCAAGUCAGAAUGGCACUUAAGCUGUCACCUGCCUGUGUUUGUAAAGAAAUAUAAAACAAUGAAUUCAUAUAAUUUUUAAAACUAUGUUUUUUUUUUUUUUAUGUGAGAAGCACCUGAGUCAUAGUUUAAGAUGAAAACAGUCUUUCUGUGGUUGUUCUAUGGUUAAAUUGUAAAAUCAGAUUUGUCCAUUUAAGGUACACUUGUGUAAAUGGAGCGUAUGUGUACUAGAAAAUGACUAAAAAAAUACUUAUCAUAAUGUCAUCUAUGGUGAUAAAAGCUAAGUGACAAACAGAAAAAUAGAUCAUCCACUGACAGAAAACUCAUCUGUCAUUAAAAUGGAAAAAAAAGAAAAUGUAUUGGCAGCACUUUCUAACAGAUAGUUUUGCAUUUUGCAGCUCUGUUUCCUGCUCAUUACACAGAAACUGCCCCAGAGGUAAUUGAGUGGUAAUAACUUAUAAAUUGCCACAUUAUCACAGUUUUGUUUUGUCUUUGUUAUCCUACUAUUACCAUUUUAUUACAGAGCUGUAUUUCCAUAUUAUUACCCCCAGUUUUUGGACUCUUAUUAUUGUAUUACAUACAUUUCAAGGUAAUAUUACUCAACUGUAGCUACUGUUGCUGCCAUGAUAUUACUUGUAUAAAACUUCUAUUACUUUGGUAAUUGCAUGGUAACAACUAAGAAAUUACCACAUUAUUACGCUCUUGUUUCUCUCUUGUUGUCCUUCUGUCACCACUUUAUUACAGAGCUGUAAUAGAAAGUGCUACCAACGUAUUAAAGUUAAGGAUAUAUUGUUACAGGAUUGCUAUAUGAUCUGCAUUAAUAUCAUUAAUAAAUAAGCUCUAGAGACUGAAAACACA